ACAACACACCACCACACCCGUCAAAAAAACACACCACCACCACGGCUAUGCUUCUUCCCCUGACGGACACAAGGUGGGUCCGGAGAGGAGAUUUCUCGAUCCCGUACGGAGUGUGCAGGCGGCGGAGGGAAAAGGUAAGGACGGUCGCUUUAGGACCGUCGUCGUGCGGCGGUGCUUGGGCUGUUGGCAGCGACGGGAUAGGAGACAGGGGAGGCGCUAAUGUCCGUCAAGGCGUGCUUCGGCAACGUCGCCAACGCGCUCGUCGACUGGGACGGCGGCCGCGACCACUGCCCCUGGCGGGGGUCGUCGCCUGCGACACCAACUCCUUGGCCUGGAGGAAGCUCAAAGGAAGCAAGACUUCAACAAAAAUCUCUGAAUGCAUUCCAAGCUUCUGUACGGCGUACGUCGUUUCAAAGGGCAAACUGUCAUUCGUGCACUCUUACACCUGAUGCCUGUGAAACACCCAAGACCAUAUCUUCUUCAACCGUUUCUUCUCCUAGCUCUGGAAGCCUUUCCAGUGCGCCCUCAACAGAGUGGGCUGACAGAAAUGGAACAUCAACUGUAUUAUUCCGCCAGUCAUCUCUGCCAUCGCAAUGUGAUCACACACUCGUAAAUAUAAAUAGGUCAAUCCUGAAGCUAGCCCUUUAGGCAGUGCUGGCAGCGAGAUCUCUUACCAUGCUGAUACAACCCUGAAGACAAAUUCACAACCAGUCACACAGUAGCGCAACUCAGUAGCAGCAGCAGUGGGGAUUCAGUUUACAGGAGCUUCCGGGGAGAUAGCUUCCGAGAUAUCUCUGAUCUGCAGGCAGCAGUUUCAGAAACUGCAAGAGACCUUAGGCAUUCUCAUGCCCAGGUAGUUGUUUCACCCUGGGCAAAAAUAUUUCAUUCUAUUGGGUACAAACUUUUUUUUCUUUUAAGAUGAUGGAAGGGUUCAUCUCUAGGCCUCAGCAUCAUACGAUGCACACUGCCAAAGCAAAAUAUCACUACAUGAAAGCCAACAUGUUUACCCAAAUGAAUGUACAAUUUAUGAUAUUUUUUGGCUAAACAGGAUGAGCUGAAGCUUCAAAUUGAGAGUAUGAAGGUCAAACUGCGACAUGUAUUCUACAGUUGUGGCUAUGGACAACUUUUGGCCAGUCCGGUGUAUUCUACAAUUGAGGCAAUGGAGCACUUUUGACCAGUCUAGUGUAUUCUACAGUUGUGGCACUGGAGUAGUCAUUAUCCACAAAACCAGGGAUGUUGUUGUUACCAUGUAUCUAUGUGAACAUAAAUCGUGAGCACUGGAUAAUAGUAUUUAUGAUAUAUGUACAAUGUAUAUUUUUUCCACUCUAUGCUAUGACAUUGUGAGCUGCAUCUAUUUU